AAAAAAUUAGCGCGACCCAGACUGAGGCUCCUCACUAGAUUGUUCCUGCACUGAGCAAUUACCAUCUUCAGUGAAUAUUUGUAUAAUUUGUCAGCAGAUAAUCUAGGUCUGGAUUCUGGGUUCCAAAAAGCAAUAACAGUUGGCUAUGCAAAUCUGGGAGCCAAAUUAACGGCUCUUUCACAGCUGCAAUUCGGUUCCCGACGGUCACGAAAAAGAGCCGUUCAGAAAGAGUCGUUCGUUCGCGAACGACCUACCACUACAACAAAGCAAGAUGGCUGAAGUUGUGGAGCUCCAGAAACUAAAGCUUGCUGAACUGAAGCACGAGUGUGAAACCAGGGGUCUGGAUGUGAAGGGCAACAAAGUGGAACUGAUCACACGACUACAGGCUUAUCUGGAGGAACAUGAGGAUGACAUGGGCCUAAAUGAAGAUGAUGUUCUGGGAGACGAGCCAGAGGACCUCACAAAAGAGGAUGCCAUCACUGAGGAUAAUGACAAGAAACCCAUAGUGUCUGAGGAGACGGCUGAAAAGAAAGUGGUAAAAAUCACACCCCCAACGUCUGUGGAUGAGAGGGUACAGAAGAGAGCAGAACGCUUCAAUGUCCCUGCGUCAGCUGAUGGCAAGAAGGCAAUACGUGCUGCCCGGUUUGGUUUGCCCGCUACUGCACCUCCAACUUCCACCCCAGGUGUUACUGUGAAUAAAUCCACUGCGGUCAGCGUUGAACAGCUAAAAAAGCGAGCAGAGCGAUUUGGCGGGAACGUUUCUUCAGUUUCCAAGAAGGAGUGCCGCUGACCAGAUGUUUUUGUUUGCUGCACCAUUCUUGGUAAACCCUAGACACCGUCGUGCAUGAAAAGCCCAGGAGUGCGGAAGUUUUUGAGAUACUGGAUCCGGCGCACCUGGCACCGUAGAGUAUACCACACUCAGUUGCUUAGGUCACUCCUUUUGACAAGUCUAACGUUCUAUCGAACAGUAACUGAAUGCCUCUGCCUGCUUUAUAUAACAAGCCACAGCCACGUAACGCACUGUCUGUAGGGGCGAUCCAUUUUCGCGAAUGGAGUGGUGUACCUAAUGAACUGUAUGGUGUGUGUAUUAGACUACAGGGCAUCCUGAAAGAAAUGCUCAAUUGAAACCUUGGGAUUAUUACACUCCAGCAUUUCUGAUUAAGCCACCUCCAUGUUACAUAUUUAAGACCAUAUGUCAAAUCAAAUUUUAUUGGUCACAUACACAGUUAGCAGAUGUAAUUG